GAGUGAAGCUAGACACCCCCACUUCUGCCGAUGGGGGUGGGGAAGUGGUGAUAUAAUUAGCAUAUUCCAAUCCUAUUGGCUCGUUCCCGAGCUGUUUUACAUAGGGCCGCCUCCUCCCCACUCCAGUCUCCGGCUGGCUGGGUUUUGCGGCGUAGGGCUGCCUGCUAGUGCAGUGCAGGGAUCGGCGCGGGAGGCUGGCGGCGGCGGGGAGAAGGGAACAUUUAAACACUUUUAUUUUUCCGGUGUUCUUCCGCCGCCCGGCUGGGAGCGGGGCUGCCGAGCCCCACCGCAGAGUUGGGCCGGGAAGAGGCUUUGGAAGGCGCAGCAAAGUGGCCAGUGGGCUCUGUCUCGUCUUUCUAUUCCCACUCUGGUUUCCUGCGGGUGCAGCAUGAAGUGCAGCUAUGGCAAGGCGAGGUAAGACAGUGGUGAGGACGCUGGAAGAUUUGACCCUGGAUUCUGGUUAUGGUGGUGCUGCGGACUCAGUCCGGUCCUCCAACUUGUCCCUGUGCUGUUCGGAUUCCCACCCGGUUUACCCCUAUGGAGGAAACUGCUGGCAGCAUCUAGCUGACUCCAUGCACACUAGGCACAACAGCUUUGACACUGUCAACACGGUCCUAGUGGAAGACUCCGAGGUGCUGGACUGCUCGGGGCAGCAGUGCUCCAGGCUGCUGCCUGACCUUGAGGAGGUUCCCUGGACUCUGGAGGAGGUGGAGGCGCUGCUUCUGCUGCGGCACAGGGAGCCCCGCGGCCCGGCGGCCACCCCGGCCAGAGAUGCCCUGGCCAAGCUGUCCACCUUGGUCAGCCGGGCGCUGAUCCGGAUCGCUAAGGAGGCUCAGCGGCUGAGUCUGCGGUUUGCCAAAUGCACCAAGUACGAGAUCCAGAGCGCCAUGGAGAUCGUCCUGGACUGGACGCUGGCCUCCAGCUGCACGGCGGCCGCCCUGGGCGCUCUCUCCCUCUAUAACAUGAGCAGCAGCGGCGGGGACCGCUUCAGCCGGGGCAAAUCCACCCGCUGCGGGCUCACCUUCUCGGUGGGCAAGUUCUACCGCUGGAUGGUGGACAGCCGGGUGGCCGUGCGCAUCCACGAGCACGCCGGCAUCUACCUGACCGCCUGCCUGGAGAACCUAUUCCGAGACAUCUACGGGCGGGUGAUGGCGGGGGGCAGCGCCUCGGCCCACCCGCACCCCAACCGGGGCUCGGGCUCGGGCUCCGGCUCCGGCUCGGCAGCUGGCGCCGAGAAGGACAAGGAGAGUGGCGGCGGCGAAGCGCCCAAGUUUACGGUGGAGUCUCUGGAGCAGACGGUCAACAACGACGCGGAGCUGUGGGGCUUGCUGCAGCCCUACCAGCACCUCAUCUGCGGGAAGAACGCCAGCGUAUCAGCUGUAGCCAGACAGCCAAAAAUCCCGUCUGCGACCCGGAGCCGCUGGGCCCCCUCACUGCGCCCAGACCCCCGCACUUUGCGCUCAGGCUCUGGGAGCCGCAGUUUUGCGCAUCCGGACUGGAAAGGCUGA